CUCCGUGUCACCAGUUUUCGAAAAAAAUGAAACCAGAAUUUUGGGGCUAAAUUCCCCUUAAUUUAUGGCCUUUUCCACUCAAACUCAAGGUCCUGAUAAUUAGAUCAUAAACAAUGGGCAAGAAGAGGAAACACUUCAAUAACGGUCGCAAUCACAGACAUGAUGAUGGCGAGCUCACUGAAGAUUUGCAGUGUGAAUUGGAACAAGUCUUCAAUAAAGUCUUCUCCUAUACGAAACCUUCAAAAAGUGACUCCUGGGUUCUUCCAAAGCCCUCGGAGAUAUUUACAAGCGGCCGCUGGGAGGAGCCGACCCUGAUUGACCUGAAAACAACCAUAAAUGAAGUGAAAGACAAACUGAGCGAUGUUGAUGUGGUGCCUUGGCAUGAUCACACACAGUUCACACACAAGGCCAGCAAAGUUAUGACACAGCUCCGACGGACCAUAGGGGCUGAGCUGUGCACUCAGGCUUGGUGCAAGUUCCAUGAGAUUCUUGGCAAGUUUCAACUUGUUCCGGAGGAGAAUUCAGAUGUAUUUGAGUCAGUACAUAUCUGUGAGGCACCUGGUGCUUUCGUUACAAGCCUCAACCACUACCUUCGAUCUCAUUAUCCGAACACCAGAUGGCACUGGACUGCCAACACCCUGAAUCCGUUCUAUGAAGGGAAUGAUCCCCAGAUUAUGAUCGAUGAUGUCAUGCUCAUCAAAGACACGUUACAAAACUGGUACUUUGGAGUUGACAACACUGGUGAUAUCACAAAGAAGGCCAAUCUGUUAGGCCUGACUGAGCUGUUUCGAUCUCGGAAAGUUUCCUUGGUGACAGCUGAUGGCAGCAUAAACUGCCAGAACAAUCCAGCAGAGCAGGAAAGACUGGUGGCGUUCCUUCAUUUCUCUGAGGCGGUGGCCGCUUUGAAUCUCCUCAAGAUUGGUGGUCACUUCGUCAUCAAGAUGUUCACACUGUUUGAGGCGGAAUCUGUCUGUUUGUUAUAUCUGCUGAACUGUUUAUUUGACAAGGUGAACAUCAUGAAGCCUGCCACCAGUAAACCAGGCAAUUCUGAGGUCUACGUGGUCGGGGAGAACUUCAUUGGAAUCAACCAAGGUGUACUACUCCGACUUCUUGAGAAGUGCGAAAAUGAAUCAUUCCAGGAAAGCUCCAUGUUCUCUUUGGAGCAUCUUCCAGAAAGUUUCUUCCACCAGCAUCUCGCCGCCUGUAAGAAGUUCAAAGCCUUUCAAGAGGAAACGAUUGAGUCCAACUUCCGCUGCUUCCAGAACAUGUGUCCAGGUGAUCGUCACAACAUGGAAUUCCUCAAGGAUCAGUGUGCAAGAAUGUACAUGGAUCUGUAUCAGGUCUACUCCAUCGGUGUUCAUGAUAGGGUGGUGCCAAACAAAAUACAGGGAAAUAAGAAGGUUUGCACGUUUGGUGCUGUCAUGAACUACCAGAGGAAGAGGUUACAGGGGAGCUACAAUGAGAGGCAGAAACUCAGACUGCUGCCAUGGAGGGAUCGGGUGGCCAAGAUGAAGUCCUAUGACUUGGAUGAUAUGAAUUCAUGGUGUUGGCUUGAGCAUCAGUAUCCUAGUCCAUACCUCAUCGAGAAGCUUGUCUCAUGGAAGCCAGUAAGAGGCCAGCGAGUGGAUAAAGUGCUCUGCUCAAGGUUCUGUCAUCAGGAGCUGCUUGAAGAGCAUACAGCACUACUGGAGAAUGCUUUGUUUCUGAGAUGUCAGUCAGGUGGAGAUGUGCUCUACCCUAGUGGAGAGUUGGAGCCCACAUGCCAGCAGCUGAUAGAAGCUUUGGACUGUGAGGACAACGUCACAUGGAGAGGAGUUGGACAAGAGACACCAUUUGUUCUUCAUCUACAGAAAGAACUGGAAAAGGCAUCUAAAGCUGAAGGCAGCGAAAACACUAAUGGGAAACAGGUGUUAUUGUCAGACAUCUGUAGUCCAGAUAUUGCCCCUGAAUAUGGUGAAACAAAGACUACACCACUGCUACUGUCAUGCACUGUGAAUGCAUUGAAAAUAGUUGAAGCUGGGGACAGCCUUGUGUGCCGUAUCUACUCUGCCUUGACAAGAUAUGUGGCUGGUCUUGUUUACAUAUUGACACACUGCUUUGCUCAGGUAGCCAUAGAUGAUUUCAGCCAAGACGGUUCAUCACCGAGUUGCAUUCUGGUUUGUAAGGACUUCAUCAGCUGCCCCCCUGAGCUACUUGAGUAUCUGGAGGGCAUUGAUUCUCAGGAGGAUCAGCUCAACGUGUUACAGUUUGUGCCAGCGGAUUGCUUCCUAGAUUCGGUUUUCCGAUCUGCCAUUUCGAACAUGAAUGAACGGGUCUUCAUGAACAGGAUCAACACCUGGCUCAACAAAGAGCUGGCUUUCAUCGCGGAGGGCUGAAACUGAGAGCUUCCAGGAGCUUCUCCUUGCAGUCAUACUUCACCGUGUACUAGCACUUGGAUGGUGAUGGUGGGUGGUUGUGUGUGCCCUGUAUGAUGAUCAUUGGUGCUGUGCACAAUAGCUUAACUGUUUGGACACUAGAAGUCACCCUUGCCAAUGGUAAUUGGGAAUAAGACAUUAGACAUGAAGUCGUCGAGGCUUUUUUUCCCAGGCAUUUGCAAUGGUAUUGGUGAGUCAUAAACAAAACAAAUAGACUAUUUAGUGCUUUAAACUUGUGUUGAAACCUGGUGGACACUGUUUUGGAUGACCCAUAAGUUGUGUUGAUCUCUGUGUUCAAAAUCCUUCAUUCAAAAUAUGUUGUUGUCCCAUUGUGUUAUGAUGGUGUAUUGUUUUACUGAUAAUAAAUUGUUGAACA